UUUCUUAUUGAAGCCAGAACCUCGAGCCGUCGAGGCAUGCACCUUGCCUUAAAUCAUGCUCCCUACGAGCCCAAACAUCGGGAAUACCGUGAAGUCCGUCCUAGCCGGUUUCUGGAUCACGUUCAGCGUCUGCUCCGUAGGUGUUCGCGGCCAGGAGGGUAAUGGCUGUGGACACACACUGCUGGGAACUGAGUCCGGCACUUUAGCCUCUCAGAACUACCCGGGCACCUACCCCAGCAACACCUGGUGUAAGUGGAGGCUUCGGGUGCCGGAGGGGCGGACGCUGCGACUGCUGUUUGGGGAUUUUGACAUUGAGAGCAGUCCAGGCUGCGGCAAUGGCUCCAUGGUGAUCACAGAUAAAAACGGAGAGCGCAGCCUGGGUCCAGUAUGCGGGAAGCUUGAUGCAGCACAGAAGAAUGUGACGCUUAAAAGUAAUGAAGCAACAAUAAUAUUUAAGUCAGGCCCACAUCGUUCUGGACGAGGGUUUCUGCUUUCGUACACCACAGACCAGAAUCCAGACCUCAUUUCUUGUUUACAGCGAGGAUCUCAUUUUAGCUCGCAGCAUUUGAGCGUGUACUGCCCCGCUGGGUGCAAGAAUGCCACAGGAGACGUUUGGGGGAGCUACGAGCAGGGCUACAGAGAUACCUCAGUCCUGUGCAAGUCUGCAGUCCACGCUGGAGCUACAUCUGAUAGUUUGGGAGGUCGCGUCACUGUGACUCGUGGCAGAAGUCUUACGCUCUACGAAUCCACCUUUGCCAAUGGAAUCCUUUCUAAAAUGGGAUCAUUAUCUGAAAAGAAGCUGCUUUUCAGCCAAGAAUGUAACAACAUCCUGGCCGUUUCGGGUUUAAAUGCCUCGUCUUUCUGGGAUAAAAACAGUCAAGAGCACAGAAUGUUCUGGUCCUCCAGCAACAUGGACACCAGCCAUGAGUUCCUACUCUGGGCAGCGGCCAGUAAUGAUCGGAGCCCGUGGGUGGAGAUGGAGCUGGGCGAUAGACGCACAAUCACAGGAAUAAUAACAACAGGAUCAAAUCAGUACUACAUGGAAUCCUUCUUUCUGCAAUUCAGCAAAGACAGAAAGAACUGGAAGCCUUACAAAGGUGCUCUGAGCAAAGAAAAAAAGGUGUUUCAGGCCUACACUGAUGGCCACCUCAGGGUGCUCAACAGCUUGUUCCCUCCUGUGGUGGCUCGAUUUGUUCGGUUGCAGCCUCUGAGCUGGCAUGGAAGAGCCUCAGCUCAGCUUCAGGUUCUGGGCUGCCCUGUUGCGAAGUUCACACCGAGGUCGCGCUCACCAGCAGAAUCUCCGUCCAUCAAAGUUAACAUGGAUACACCGCGCCCAAGCUCCCCUCCCACCCCCACAGAAGGGCCGGUAAUAAUGGAAACGACACUAAGCUCCAGUCAGCCAGUGAUAGUGGCCGUAGGAGUGGUCCUGGGGCUGCUAAUGUGUGGGAGUUGUUUGCUGGCCGGAGUCUGGUGGAAACGAAGGAAAAAAGACUCACAAAUGAAGAACUCCUUACCCACUAAUUGUCAGAGUUUCAAAGCAAAGAGCCUCCCCUGCCCACACUCAGAGCUCAUCUCGUACCCUCUGGAGCGAAAUAUUCACGACGCUCUACCUAACCCUCCUCUUAAUGAUUAUGCCGAGCCUGCUCUUUCAACUAUUGGACAAAAGGUCGGGUCAACAUUUAGACCUUCGUCAGAUGAGGGCUACACCACCCCCUUCAUCUGCAGCCAUUACGACACUCCCGGCAACCUCCCAGAAUACGCCGAGCCACUUCCUCCAGAGCCCGAGUACGCCACCCCUUUUGGUGAUCAGCCUUCAGAGUCCAGCCUACCAGCUCUGUCAGGGAUCUCUCACACUAAUGCACAUGGACCUGCGACAUCCGGCCACAGUCAGUAUGACUGCCCUUCACACAGGGUGCUGUUCAAUGGCUACUGCACUCCUGCUCUUCAUGCCAGUGGCCCGCGACCAGUCAGCGUGAUCUAUGCAGAGCCCAAGUCGUCUGACUCUUUACUACAGAAGCACACAUAUGAGAAGCCUUUGUGAGCGCAUCAAACUCAGACAUGUAGAAAAAAAGGCUGUGUGACGGGACCAGAGGAGCACUUGGAGUGAUCUCAAGUGGACACUAAGCUGGACAGUGCUGUCCAGAGUGCACUAAUGCUUCCAGCAAGUGAUGCACCCAAAGUUAAGGAGUCACUUUGGACCUAUGUAAGGGUGCACUGCUCAGAGAGCCAUAUGGACACAAGUAUUUCCUACCAGGAAGUAUGCAGUAGUACAGAUUUGUUUUCUCGUGAUGCACAAAGAAAACACAGGCUCGGUCGUGUCUCAGAGAUGCUGUUUAUUCAUGUCACGAGCUGCACUUUCUGAAAACACAUACAGAAAUGUAUGCUUCAGUCUAUUUAACAGGUUACUGCAAAAAAAAAAAAGUGGAUUGAAUAUGUUAUUGUCCUCACAAUGUAUAAUUUCAACACUUUUGUAAAAAAAAAACAAAAAAAAAAAACAACCACUUAGGAAGCACUAUAAAAGGUACACUGUUACAAAGAGUGUUGUUAUGAUUACAUUUAACCACUAGGUGGCUCUCAUGAGCUUCAGAAGUCUAACAGUAACAGAUUGUGUAAUGGUUUGUCUGCUGGUUCUAAGUCUUCAGAUAAUAGUCACCAAAAUGUUAACGCACACAUAGUAAAAGUAUAAACAAGUUUGUAAGAAAAGGAAAUGAUCGGAUUGUAGUAAAUCAGAGAGGCACAACAGGCAAGGUGGUGUCGGGGUUUAGGAUGGAUGAACUCCGCCGUGAUUCAACCGGCUGCAGCGACACACAGAACAUACAAACACCAGAGGAAGAUUACUUUCCCCUUUGAGGGCUUAAGAAUGUCAAACAUUUCCAGUAUUUGUUUGGCUUUUGUCACUGCACAGCAACUCUCAUUCCAAGCGAGAAACACUUAGAAAAUUAACUUUUCAUUUCUCUACUUAAAAUUAUAUACAAAUUCCACUGGAUUCUUUUUUUUCUGGGAAAUAUAUGUUUUAAAAUGAUUAAAUUACUUAAACUUAGAUGGCAUUGCUGUUCACACACUGAUAAUCUGCUCUAGUGAAAAAAACAGCAGAUUUGUCUUUAAGUUUGAAAAUUGUACUUUUUUUUUUUCAUUUUGUAUAAUGAGGGGUCAGGCCUCCAUUCUAUAAGAAAAUGUUACUAAAAGCCUCUAAAAAUUCACGAAAAGGCUGUGACCAACUCUGUGGUGUCACAAUGCAACAAAGGGGGGAUACCUCUUUCCACUGCUGAAUAAGGCACAAUAAAACGGUUGUAACAACAGAAA